UACAUGUACUGUCUCAUCGGGAACAGUUUUCCAUCAUUUGUCUGACUCUCUUCGUCUGUUACCUACUAUCCACUACUACUUGUACUGCUGGUCAGAGUGGGUAAUUUGUAGUUGUAGUAGUAGUAUUCUCUCUCUCUACUCUCCUCUCCAACACCCUUCCCACCCACCAGAAGCAGAAGCAGAAGCAGAAGCAGCAGAAGAAGAAGAAGAAGAAGAAGAAGAAGAAGAAGAAGAAAAAGAACAAUGCUCCUCCUCUACCUCUACGACCGCCUCUUCUGGCUCACAAUCGCCCACGCCCUCCUCGCCCACCUCACCUACAACCUUCUCCCCCUCGCAGGCGCCUCUCCACUCCUCUCCCACAUCCUCACCUUCGCCGUCUUGGGGACCUACCUCGUCAAAACUCUCGACCACCUCGAUCGCGAACGCCGCAUUCGCCAACUCGGAAAACGUGCUACCUCACUACGCACCCACACGCCAUUUAAUAUUGGAGUGUUAUUGCAGGUGCUGUGGUAUUUGAGUAAACAUCGGACUCAUGAGUAUUGGUGGAAGAUGUUUGGACAGAGACCUGGUGGUGGUGGUGCUGGGAAUAUUGGUGGGGAGAAUGGGAGAAAGUUUCCGUAUACGGUCGAGACGAUUACGAUUGGAGGGAGACUUGUGUUGACGGCGGAUGAGGAGAAUGUGAAAGCGAUUUUGGCGACGCAGUUUGCGGAUUAUGGAAAAGGACCGCAGUUUCGGAAGGAGUGGAAGGACUUUUUGGGAUUGAGCAUCUUCACCACCGACGGUGACGCAUGGCAUACCUCGCGGCAACUACUCCGCCCGCAGUUUAUCAAAGAUCGCGUAUCGGACUUGCAAAAGUUCGAGCAUCAUGUCCAGAAACUCUUACCCAUGUUAGCAGGCGUGAGCAACGGGGAGACGGUGCGUCUGGACGACUUGGUCUACCGAUACACACUCGAUGCAGCAACCGACUUUCUCUUCGGCACCGGAGUGGGCAGUCUCGAGAAUGGCGAGACGGGCUUCGCCAAAGCCUUUGCAGACGUGCAAAACGUGCAAGGGCUGAUUGCGCGGGCAGGUCCCAUUCGUGCUUUGAUCCCGAAGAAGAAGUUCUACCAAGGCUUGGAAGUGCUGAACAAAUUCACGGAUCGCUACAUUGACCAGGCACUCGCAUUGGGUCCUGAUGAGCUCGAAAAGAAGAGCAAGAGCGACGAAGGCUACACCUUUUUGCACGCCAUUGCCGCAUACACUCGCGAUCGACAGGUAUUGCGCGAUCAGCUCGUCGCAGUUCUCCUCGCCGGCCGCGACACCACCGCCGUCACCCUCUCCUGGCUCUUCUACGAACUGUCUCAACAUCCCGAAAUUGUAGCCAAGCUACGCAAAGAAAUCAUUGGGCUGGUCGGCCGAACGCGUGAGCCCACUUAUGAUGACCUCAAAUCGAUGCGAUACUUGAACCACGUCGUCAAUGAGACACUGCGUUUGUAUCCCGUGGUUCCCUACAACGUGCGAGUGGCUCUGCAGGAUUGCACUUUACCUCAUGGUGGCGGACCAGAUGGAUCCGAACCUAUUGGAAUCACCAAAGAUACGCCCGUUGGCUACUCGACGUUUGUGAUGCAGCGUCGCGCGGAUAUCUAUCCCCCAGCAUCGAGCGGCUUCCCGGAUCAUCUUGCAUUCGUUCCGGAGAGAUGGGACAACUGGACACCCAAAUCCUGGACAUAUAUUCCCUUCAACGGCGGACCUCGAAUCUGUAUCGGGCAACAAUUCGCCUUGACAGAAAUCGCAUACACGGUCGUCAGAAUUCUACAAACAUUCGCCAAAGUCGAGAGUCGAAUGAGUGGGCAUCCGGGGUUCAAGUCGGAUAUUGUUUUGCAGCCUGCAGCAGGUGUUUAUGUUGCUUUUCUUAAAGAGUAGUUACAACUUACAGGUACAUGUACCUACCUAGGUAGUGGGUAGUAAAUACUAUUCCUCGCUUCUCAGGACGUAAACUGUGUAUGUACGCACGAUUAGAAUGUGUGUGUACCUACGUGUGUGAGAGAGGAAAAAUCA